AGAAAACAUGGGAGCAUAUAUGCACACAAUUUGCCUCCCAGUCUUGACUGUCGGCUAAACACACCAAUAAAUGAACCAAUCAAAGCCACACACUUCCUGUUUUCCCUUCACAAACACACCCUCCAUCCUUACUUUGACUCCUUCUGGGCUUCAUCUCAGGGCUUAGAAUUUAUUUGGUCGACCACUUGCAUGGAAUACUUUCUACGUUCAGAUUAUUUACUUGAAAGAUUUGUGAUGAUUUUCCUAAAAAACUUCCCCAAACUGUUCAUGAUUCUGUCUCUACUGAGCGGCUUUGCUUGUGCUGAGGAUCCAGUGUCUUGUAAGACUCUGUGGGGAAAGGUGGGUGACUUCUCUCUGUGUAGCCACUGGACACUGAAUCCUCAAGUCUCCAUCCCUGCUCUGCAAGAACUAACCGUCUGCCUUAAUCUGAAACUUGAGGCUGAACCUACUUUACCAAUAACAGUCUUCAUGUACCGACAUCCUGAUGUCCAGUAUGCUGAGCUGGGUUUGGGCGUAAAAGGGAAGCUUUUGGUUGUCUGGUUGUUUGGUGAGGAGUGGAAAACCCAGCCAGUAAACCUCUAUCUAUCCCAGUGGUACUCAGUGUGCAUCACCUGGUCUCAAACAAACAACAAGCUUACCCUGUUUGUUAACGGGGCCCAAACAAACAUGACAGCAGUAAUUUAUCCAAAAGCUUCCUCCUUUGCGUCCCCCUCGUGCUGCAAGCUGUCUCCGAAUGGAUCUCUCAGUCUGGGCGCAGGACACGUAAUCGUUGAUGGAGACAUUCAGGCGAUUCCAUACAGCAGUUUCCCUGGCAAAUUAUCCAUGUUUCGGAUAUGGGGGAAAGAGCGCAGUGAAGAAGAAGUGACGUCUUUGAAAUGCACAGAGGGGGACAUAGUGAAGUGGGAAGAGGAUCACUGGGACACACUGUCCUGCCAAAGCAGCCCAGAUUUAAGCCUCCUGUGCGAAUGGUCCUUUUAUGAAGUCAGACUGGUCAUUGAGAUCAUCCGCUAUGACCAAAACAACACAGAACUCUAUAGAGCCAGAGACAUCGCUCAUCGCUGGCUCCGAGUGGUCCUGCCAAGGAGCAUCUAUUUACACAGAGUGUCCGUGUUCGACAUCAUCAGCUCUUCCAUAGAAGGACAUAUCGGAGUAACACCAGCUGAAGACAGGCUGAUGGCGGGGACUGGGCCUAAUAUCAACAGGUUUUACUGUCUGGUUCAUGCCACAGUCUCCCCUCCUAUGGAUGUGGCCUAUGUGCAGAAUGAGAUACACAUUGACCUUAUGGAAGCCUACCAUGACCCCACCGGUGUGCUGCAGUUGAGGGCGGACAUCAGUACCAUACAAACCACACCUGUUGAGACCUUCUCUCUUACCACCAUCAGCCCGUCUCCUGCGGAGACAAAUCCCACCCCUUCCACAACCUCCACCUUUACAACUGCAAUCCCUUCGACUAGUCCCCCUCCAACCACCACGCCUGAAGUCCCACAGACCAGCACAACCACAAACACUCUCACUACAACCAAUGUUCCCACUACUGCAACCACUCCCACUACCACAAAUACUCCAACUACAACAAACACUCCCACUACUACAAAUAUGCCCACUACUACAACCACUCCCACUACCACAAAUACUCCCACUACUACAACCUCUCCCACAAAUACUCCCACUACAACAAACACUCCCACUACUACAACCACUCCCACAAAUACUCCCACUACAACAAACACUCCCACUACAACAAACACUCCCACUACCACAAAUACUCCCACUAUCACAAACACUCCCACUACCACGAAUACUCCCACUACUACAACCACUCUGACUACCACAAAUACUCCCACUACUACAAUCACUCCCACUACCACAAGCACUACAAGCACUACUACAAACACUCCCACUACUACAAACACUCCCACUACCACCAGAGAGGCAUCUACCACCACCUUCCCAACAGGCCUUACGAGUGUCUCUGAUUUGUACUUUGAGAUUAAGGUAAAUGUGUCCAUAGCAGGAGACUAUAACCCACAAGAGAUCCUGCCUAUCUGGCUUAACACGAGUCUACCUGAUGACCUAAUGGUUGUGUUGGACAUUCAGCUGGUCACGAAAGCUGAAAGACAUUUGUUCUACCUGCAAUCAAAAAACAUUACCUGCGAUGCAGUGUCCAUUUGCCAAGUUUCAAGAGAAAGUUUGAUUUUCCAGGUCCAAGUCUUGAUGCUGUUUGCAGACACACAGGAAAUAGAAAAGCAGAUCCGGGAUCUUCUGCUGAUGCCGUAUAACAAUGGCUCGAUCACCAUAGCAACAGAGGACAUUGAGAUAAGUCGUAUUUUGGUAUAUAAGUGCAACAUGGAAACCCAGCAGACCCUGAAAGGUCAGUUCAUGUGGCCUGAAACAUCAGGAGGAAAAACUGCCACACUGUCAUGCCCAAAAAACCCUCUUCAAUCUGCAACUCGACACUGCAAAGUUUGCAUGCUGACCCACUGGUUGGAUCCAGACUUGGAAGACUGCGACCGAAUGGUGGAAACUAUUCCCGAUCUGGAUGAUGUAGAAGUUACUCCUGAUAAUGCAUUUGAUGUGGUGGAGACGAUUGAAGAUUUAAUAAGUGACAGCUCCAGUCUUCUCUACGAGGACAUGGUCACAGUCCUCAACAAGCUGAAGGUUAUUCUUAACGUCAGUGUGGUCACACCCAACCUGGGCCAAGCCGUAAUCAAUAUCAUUUCAGACAUACUGGAAUCAGACAGCAACUUGACACCUUUUACAAACACUAUUUUAAACAUCACAGAGUCUGUGGGAGACAGGAUCGUGGGAUAUGAAGGCCACUUCACCCUUGUUGCUCCGGCGAUGGCUCUCUCAGUGGUGGAUGUAGUUCCUGAUCACUUUGACAGCUUGUACUUUGGAGUGACGUGUGACCUGUCUGGUAUAAACCCUGAGAUUUGUAUUGAUAAAUGCCCCCCCAACGGCACGGUGGCGUUUAUUUCCCUUCCAUCUAUCCUGAAGGACAGCUUUCCAGAACACGACUUCAAUCAGAACCCGACGAGAGUCCAGUUUCAGUUCUACGGCAUCCCACUGCUCUUCCAGCAUAACCAAAAGCAGCAGAUCCUGAACACCUUCGUGGUGUCGGCCAGUGUGACCAACAUCAGCUCUCCGAUCAGAGACUUGGCUGAAGACGUCACAGUCAUGCUCCACCAUUUAAAGCCAAAUGCACGUGACAGAGACGUGCAGUGUGUGUACUGGAACUUUAAUAAAAACAACGGACAUGGAGGCUGGGAUGACGAAGGCUGCCAAACACACAACAGCAGCUCUGACUACACAACCUGCCUGUGCAAUCAUCUCACACACUUUGGAGUUCUUCUGGAUGUCUCCAGGACUACGCUGGACCCGGUUAACGAACAGAUCCUCACCAUCAUAACCUACGUGGGCUGUGGAGUCUCAUCUCUGUUCUUGGGAAUCACUGUCCUCAUUUACACAAUUUUCGAUAAGCUUCGGAGAGACUACCCCUCUCAGAUCCUGAUCAACCUGUCCCUGGCCCUGCUGGGCCUGAACCUGGUGUUUCUGGUCAACUCCUGGUUGUCCUCUUGGGGGGUGUACGGCCUCUGUGUGGGUGUGGCGUCCACCCUGCACUACUUCCUCCUGGCUUCCUUUAGCUGGAUGGGCUUAGAGGCUGUUAACAUGUACUUCGCCCUCGUCAAAGUUUUUAACGUCUACGUGCCCUCCUACAUUCUCAAGUUCUGCGCUCUGGGAUGGGGGAUUCCACUGGUGGUGUGCGUCCUGGUGCUCAUUAUCAACAAAGAUGCUUACGGCAGUAACAUGACAACACACUCUACCGUGCUAGCACUGAACAAUUCAGACAACUUCUGCUGGAUUCAGGACAACAUUACAUUUUAUGUUUCCGUUGUUGCCUACGCAGCACUACUAUUUCUCUUUAACAUUGGGGUGUUUGUGGUGGUUCUGAUUCAGAUCCGCAGAAUGCGUGUCAACAGUCCCGCAGGGACUCCAAGAGGACUUCUGCAUGACCUGAAGGGAGUGGCCAGUCUCACCUUGUUGCUUGGACUAACAUGGACAGUUGGUUUCUUCACCUGGGGGCCAGCGAAGAUUUUUCUGCUGUACCUUUUCUCUGUGCUCAACACGCUGCAAGGUCUUUUCAUCUUCAUCUUCCACUGUCUGAUGAAGGAGAACGUCAGGAAGCAGUUCAGAAUUCAUCUGUGCUUUGGACGUUUCAGAUUGGAUGAGUACUCUGAAUGGAGCAACUCUGCGUCGGUGGGAGUCAAGGCCGAACCCCGAGAGAAUCUCGCAAGAGCGGCAUCGCAGUCCUUCCAGUCGGUGAAGUCCAGCUCCACAGAAAGCACAUCCGCUUCCUCGGACUCCAGCCAGAGAGAUUCGUCCUGCAAGAGACCACACCUGGGUCUUUUCGUGAACAGCCUGGCUCUGCCUCCAGUCCAGAGAGGCCCCCCAGAUACCAAGACUUCGGCUUACUACAGGGGGGUAAACUAAACAACGGACUGGAGAAAUCACUUUCUGGUCGAGCGGGCACAGAAGACACAUUUCCUCGUCGGCACAACUCAAAAUUCAAACUCGGUUACGUCGCCUUCAGCGACAGCAGCCGGAGAUAUGUAAUUAACACCGAGUGCAGCCGCACAUACAUCUACGAGGCAACGGCUUCAUUAGGUAAUUCUUUCAAGCAGUUCUUUUGUUGAUUUUGUUUUUGCUAAAUAUUGUAAAAGAGCCUGCAAUUAUGGAGACAUGAGCAGUUGCAUCACUUCCAAGGAGGAGUUGGUUGCCAAGCAACUGGUGAGUGGAGCUGUGGUGACAAUGAACCGUGGCAUAGUUUGAGGGGAGAAAAAAAAAAAAAUAAAUAUGACAAAAGUGUCACCUUGCAUACUCUUUGCAAAACAUUUUAUUCUGCUUCAAUCAGUGGUAAUGUGAUUCUGAACGGCGCUUUGUUCUCAUGAAGUCAGACAUCUUUGAUUUGACAAAGCCUGAGUGUUUUUCCUCUUUCAUAUUAAGUAGGACUUUUUAUUGAUUUUCCAUGUUUUUAGAUGAAUGCUGAAAGUAAAUAUGUAAACUCAGAAUAUUUAAGGGUGUGUGUAUUAAAAAAAAAUCAAUUUGCCAUUAAAAAUCCUUACUUUA